GACAGGAGGAGAGAAACAAGUCUCUGGAGAGAAGGACCUGACACCAGAAACCACAAAAACCACCCUGUGGUGUUGACAGAGCAGCAGGAAGCUUCACCGUGUUGACAGUUACAUCCUGUUACCUUCCACGCUCAGCUUCGUUUACUUACGGUGAAUUUCCUAAAAUAUUUCCUCUGACAGUCACCCGUCAGUUCACCCUGAAUCUCAAAGUUUCAUGGAGACACUGGAAGUAAAUUUGUGGUGAAAUAUUGAGCGGGUUCAGUUCACACAUGUUCAGAAGAUGUUCUUUUUUUGACGGUUAGACUCUCCUUCUGUCAUCUCAAAGUUUUUCUCAGACAUGCCCGUUAUCCUCGGUGCUGAAGAGCAGGAGAACAUCCGGACUGUAACUCAUCCUGCUAAUGGACUUCCUCCUCUGAGCCGGGCCAGCUGGAGUAACAGAAUCACAACAACAACCCGACUGCUCAGCAACGCAUUUAGUCACACAACCUCACAGGGACGUCUGCCAGCCCGUCUCCAGGAUCCUGAUGACUACCUUGUCUGGGCAGAGAGACAGGAGACGGGACUGAGCCUGGCAGAGAGUUGGGAUGUGUUUGAAGCUUCACUGGAGGACACGGAGAGCUCUGACGUGAUCCUCCAAAAGUCCCCUGAGACUCCAAAAACAGUGUCCACGAGGCUGAGUGAAAAACUGAAUAAUUCAUCACGCUCCAGUUUGUUGUACUCUGAAUGAGUGUGUGUGAGUGUGUGUGUGUUUUAGGACGUGGAUGCUGUAAUGUCUUGGACUGGUCCACCAGUGUGCAAAUGGAAAAGAUGUACCAGUUGAACGCUGAGGAGAGUUUGCCCACUUUACCUCAGUCAGCCGGGGCUUUAUGUUCUGCAGAGCUGGCAGGAAAAUCAAAUAGCUCUCUGGUUUCUAUGCAGGACGUCUUUGUGUAAAUACUGAGCUAAUGAUGAUGGCGAGGUUACAAUGAGUGAUUUGAGGACAUCUGUUUUUGUUUACCUCUCUUUUUUUUACUGUAACUGCGGCUCUGUCGACACCAGAGUUAUAUUUCUACACAAUUACCAGACGGAUUAAAGUUUCCUUACUGCCUGAAUACUCCACUCUGAUUGGCUGCUGGGUACCAAUUAAAUUCUGACACCUUUUAAUAGCUCCAGUGAAACUGUCUGAAUUACUGUGCGGCCUCACCUACUGGGCUCGUUUCUUUCAAAGUUGGGGUAAGCAGGAUCUGAGGAAGUUCCAGUUUUUAGGAGAAAUCUUGAACCCCUCCCAACCAGAGUCUCCGGUAUUUACUUUGUUUUCUUGCUUGUGUCGGCAGUCGUGGCCAAAGGAGGAUUCAGACAAUUUUCCAAACUUUCUGGUUGGUUUCUACUGUCCGAUAUUGUAGCACGCUAACUUUGUUUGGGCUCCUGAACGACACGGGGGAGCAGCAUCUGCCUCACAACCAAUCAGGUCAUGGAGGCGGAGAACGGCUUUGUUUACAGUCAGAAAGAGCGGACCGCUCUAAAAAUGUAAAAUGUUGACUACACAGACAUAAGAGAACACAGAGAUAUCGAUAUAUUACCAAAUGUAAUCAAUAACUAAUAGCUAUUGACUGAUAUUAAAAGCUUUUUUGUAUAUACACCAUGAAAAAAGAUGCUUCUUUAACAGAUUCCUGCCUACCCCACCUUUAAAUGCAAAGUUAGGAGGGCUUCAGAUGGAGCAAUAAACGGCCAUUAGACGUCUAGUUUUUUUUUUAACCUAAUUUCAACAGUUUAGAUUUUGAGACGGAUUUUAAACGUUGCACUUUAACCCAUAAUUCGAUAACUAUUUAUUUCAAAAAGCAACUCUGAGCUGCAUAACUGAUCUCCUAGUACUUAACCAAAAUGAUUAUGAUAGCCGUUGAGCAAUACACAGUAUAGUAUAGAUAUAGCCCAGUUUUGGAUUUGGUCUAAACUUGGUCUAAAUUUAGACGUCUAAAAAGCCUGAUUUUAGACCAGUCGUCUAGGCAACAUUUAGAUGUCUAUUAGACCUCUUUUAGACCAAAAAAUGCUCAGUUUGGUGCAUCAAGGAGUUAAAUCUCUGUACAAAAGGGACAAGGACCAAAACCACAUUUAGUUGUCAGUGAUAUUUUAAGCCCUCAGGCAGCACUACAUCAGAAACAGACAUGACUCUGUAGUGGAAGUCUCUGCAUGGGCUCAAACUCCCUUCUGAAAACCUAAAACAGUUUAUUUCUGUGGGAACCAUGUUAUAAUCAACAUACGUGAACAUGGUGUACAUAUUACUAACAGGCAUGUUCAACUUGUUUAUAAAAAGCAGCGAAUAAGCGCUGACGGGGAUGUUAGCGUUCAGCUUAAAUCUUAAGCCUGAGUCCCAAACCGCCAUCCUGCAGCUUUUGCGCUCAUCUUCACAGUUUGAGGAUUGUAGAAGCUUUUAUUUUGUCGGACUUAUUCUUGGCUGACUGCUACACACAAACACACACAAUCACACACUCUUAGCAGCUGCUUCCUGCUAAGCCACAGCAGGGGUAGAAAUGUUGUAUUAAUACCCGUUUCAUAGAGUCACAGAGAGCUUUGAAUCAGAAAAAAAAUGAGUUUCCCUGGAGAGCUGUUCCUCUAUGUCAUCUGAUGAUUAAAAAAUAUAAAUGUUGUCACCUUAUCUCUCAUAGAUGUGAUUAUCUUCAGUGAUUUAUAAAGACAUAUGAGUGUGCUGCCUCCUUUCUCCUCUUAAUCCCUCAUUUACCUCCUGAAAACACGGCCCAGUCGGCUCGUCUGAAACAGUCUGGCGGUGAUAUUUCUGCUCCAUUGUGAGAUUUUGUGUUUAUCUUCAUGUGUGAAUGAGUUCGGGUGAGUGGACGCAGAUAUUACUGGCUAACUUUUCUGGGUCAGUUUCGUGCACUUUCCUGCUCACUGGUGUCUGCAUUGUGUCGCUCCAACCGGCUGGUAUGACUUCCAUAGAACAAACCACAAGUGAUGCUUUGUUCCAUCUGACGUCUCGUGGAAAAAAGCUGUAAGCUGCUGCUCCGACAAAACGACUGAUUAUGAAAACAGUUGUGCUCAUUUAGAGAUGGUAGGUGGUACAGAGCAACAGAGAAAACAACCCCAGUAAUAAAUCUGGAUAUAAUGUGUUUGGAUGGUUUUGAGGCCGUGGGGUUCUUAGUUUGUUUUUAUAAGAUUUUCUUGCAGAUAUUUGGCGAAAAGUAGAAGAAGAGAGUCUUAUUGGGUUAUUUCCAGCACAAUUUGGUGUCAAAUUAGGGGUCCUGUUAUGUCACUGUGUGAGAAAAUAGUAUUUUAAAACAGAGAGUUACAAUGUGCCUUGACAUAUAUGACAUUCAAAUAUGAUUUUGACGUCUGAAACAGGUCAAUAUAAAUCUUGGACCGAUUUUGCACCUUAACACGAAUUUUAGAUUCUGUGGUUGACAGCAUAUUCAAAUUACGUGUUAAUGUGAGCAUCAGUUUAACGUCUAAAAGAGGUACAAUAGUGGCGUCUCAAUGCUGGAUCUAUUUUGCACGUUGCGCCGACCUCUAGAUUUUGUCGUACCACACGCACACGUCCAGAUCAGGUGUGGAUGUAAUUUUAACGUUUUGUGUUAAAUGUGAUCUUUUUGAGCGGUCGUUCACAUUACAACAACGAACUGGUGGGUUAGUCAUAAAGCACAUGAAAAAGACGGAUAAAAACAAAAAGCUCAGUUGAAACAGAAUUGAAGUCCAUUUUCAUAAGACAACACAAGAACCAUACAACAAAAAACGAGACCAUGAGGACCAAAAUAAAAAUGCAAUUAAAAGGGGGGUCGAAAGUGGAAAUAGGAUAGUAAAUAUAAAAGACAAUAUCGACAAUGAUAAUAAAAUAUUUAACAGGUAAUACUGAUAAUAAUAAUAAUGAUAAGAUAAAACGACAGAAACGAGCGAGAGAUAAAACAAUAAAAAUUCAAAUGGUUAAUUAAGAAAAGAGUUCAAGUAAAACAAAAGUUAGAAAGAGAGUAAAGCAGAAAUAAGAUAAAAGAGGUAAAAGCGAUAAAAGAUAAAGUUGUUUUUAUGAUUCAAGCAGCUAGUUAGCAUCAGAUAGACGACAGAGGAGGGCGGGGUCGAUAGGGGGCGACAGGGUGACGAUUAUAUAUAUAUAUAUAUAUAUAUAUAUAUAUAUAUAUAUAUAUAUAUAUUUAGAAAUAAAUCAGAUUGAGGUUUAGAUUUUUAAAAACAAUUGUAUGUAAAAUAAAUAAACUUAAAUUAAAUAAAGCGAGUAAAAACCGUAGCGAUUUCUGCGUGUCUAAAUUUACCGAUUGAUCACGUGUAAAGCUGCACAUGCGCAUUCCCUCCUCU